AUCCCUAAAAAAAAAUCUAAUUGUACCUUGCGAUUGAAAUCCUCUCGUGUGCGACUGCUCCUGCUCCUCGGUGAACACGGGCUUCCAUUGAACGGCGACCACGACGGAGCCUCAGACGGCAGCGCACCAUCGGACAGAGGCGGAGACUCAGACGGCGGCGCACCAUCGGAUGGAGGUGGAGACUUCGGCAGCAGCAGCGGCGAUGGAGUUGCGUUUCGACGACUUGAACAACAUUUUUCAACAUCAAUUGGAUUCCUCAUCAAGCUUUCAGUGUUUCGUCGUUCUUUUGAGGCCUCUCCCAUUUUGGCGCCUCCAACUUUUGAGCGUCUUAGCUGCUUUAUCUCGUCUUCUCCGCAUGUUUCAGAUAAGAGAAAUAUGGUGACGAAAGUAAAUAUCGAAUCAACGUUGGUACUGCAUUCAAACGGGUUUCUGGUUCUUCAUGAAGAGUGCAUUUUCAAAAAUAAGUUUCUGCUCCAAGCUCAACUUUGGAAGAAAAAGAGGAUGUAGAUAUUCUGCAACAGCCAAUUCUGCGUUGUCUUCUUUGAACUAUGUGGACGAUGGCUGCUUUACUUUUGAAUGUCCGAUGGCUACAAACUAUGAUAAUGACUCUGUUGAACAAAGUCAUUUUGGCAAUGAAGUUCAAGUAUCUAAAGGUCAGAAAGCUGAUCAGGAUGAAAUGAAAACAAUAAAAUUGAUACUUGGGAACCAUGGGAUUAAUCUUGGUUCGCAUCCGAAACAAUUUGAGACCGUAAGGAUUUUGGACAUUCUAUUUGAGGAUAGUUCAGAUGCUGGACUUUGUCUUUACUACUUCAAAUGGUCAGGAUGUUUAUCUGGAUCUAAUCAGUCGCUGGAGUCAAUCUGUAAGAUGUUGCAUAUUUUGGUUACUGGGAAUAUGAAUCAUAGGGCAGUUGAUUUAAUGUCACACCUAGCUAAAACUUAUGGUAGUAAAGAGGGAUCUUCAACCAUAUUGCUGAAACUUUUGUAUGAAACACAUACUGAAAGGAAGACUUUGGAAACCACAUGCAGCAUGCUGGUUCACUGUUAUAUCAAGGAAAGGAUGGUAACGGCUGCUCUUAUAUUGAUGGGUCAAAUGAAGCACCUUAACAUAUUUCCUUCUAUAUGGGUAUACAAGUCGGUGAUACAAGCUUUAUUACAAACCAAUCAAUUGGAGUUGGCUUGGGAUCUUCUUGAAGAAAUGUACCGGCGAGGUAUAAGUUUAAAUUAUUCAAUCAAUUUAUUUAUUCAUCACUAUUGUGCAAAAGGUAAUCUGGGAAGGGGGUGGAAAGUGCUUCUGGAGUUGAGGAAUUUUGGAUCUAAGCCUGAUGCAGUUGAUUACACUAUUAUGAUCAACUCACUUUGCAAAAUUUCUCUAUUAAAAGAAGCCACCGCACUGUUGUUUAAAAUGAUUGCUUUUGGUGUUUCCCCUGAUUCAGUUAUGAUGAGUUCUGUUAUUGAUGGUUAUUGUAAAGUAGGAAAGUCAGAUAUAGCUUGUAAAAUAUUGAAGUAUUUUAGGCUUCCCCUAAAUAUUUUCACAUACAAUAGCUUUAUAACAAGGUUAUGUAUGGAAGGUAACAUGGCAAAAGCUUCUAAAGUUUUUCUUGAAAUGUUUGAGGUGGGCUUAGUUCCAGACCGUGUUAGUUACACAACCAUGAUAGGAGGCUAUUGUAAAGUGGAAAACAUAAACAAAGCAUUUUCUUACCUGUGCAAGAUGAUAAAAAGUGGAAUACAACCAUCUAUUAUCACGUAUACUUUGUUCAUUGAUAACUUUUGCAAGUGUGGAGAUGUGGAAAUGGCUGAAGUUUUGUUCCAAAAAAUUAUUAUUGAGGGUUUAAAACCUGAUGUUGUCACGUAUAAUAUUUUGAUGGAUGGAUAUGGAAAGAAGGGCUACUUGCAUAAGACUUUUGAACUCCUUGAUAUGAUGAGAUCUACCAAUGUUACCCCUGACGUAGUGACAUAUAACACUCUCAUUAAUGGUCUUGUUAUGCGAGGGUUUCUUAAAGAGGCAAAGGAUAUUCUAGAUGAGCUCAUCAGGAGGGAUUUCAGUAUAGAUGUUGUCACAUACACCAAUAUCAUUUACGGAUAUUCCAAAAGGGGAAACUUUGAGGAAGCUUUUCUUCUUUGGUAUCAUAUGACUGACAAUUGUGUAAAGCCUGAUGUUGUUACUUGCAGUGCCCUUCUUAGUGGGUAUUGUCGAGAACAACGUAUGGACGAAGCAAAUGCUCUAUUUUGUAAAAUGCUGGACAUUGGGUUAAGUCCAGACUUGAUAUUGUACAAUACUCUAAUCCAUGGAUUUUGCAGUGUUGGUAAUGUGGACGAAGGUUGCAAUUUCGUAAAGAAGAUGAUUGAAAGCAGUAUCAUUCCGAACAAUGUUACUCAUUGUGCACUUGUCCUCGGAUUUCAGAAAAAAAGAGCUAUCAAUCCAAUAGGGAGUGCCACUUCUAAGCUUCAAGAAAUCUUGCUUGCAUAUAAUCUUCAGAUCGAUGCCAAUGGAUAUAUAUAAUGUUGGAGAAACAAGAUGAUCGCAACAUUCUGCAUGUGGUAUUUAAAAUGGCCCAAAUCAUAAUCCUGAAGAGGAAAGAAGAUAAAUCAGAAAAUGGUGCUUUGGUCUUCCCUGUCUAUUUUAUCUUCCAAGCCAGUUCCUGAAACCAUACUUAGAUAUUUUGAAUCAAAGGUUCUUCCAAAAUAUAGAAGUCUCCGGCUCCAAGUUGCUUGGGAAAUAAGGGAGGAGAAGCAGCCCAAGGAGGUUGAAUCUGGCAAGUUUUUCUGAGAUUAAACCAGGAUUGGAUUAGUUUCAUUCUUGGUGUUCAAAUGCCAUGGUUGUGGGAGCAAAAAGUUUGACCCAUCAUGGCAGUAUAUUGGAAAAGGAACUAAACUAAAGAUGUCCAUUGCCACAAGGAUCACUAUGUGAAGUUUUGAAAGUUCUCCUCAAGCAGCAACUUGAACAUUAAAUUUGGUCCUUGGGUUGACUCAAUUCGACUCAUAAUCUGGCUUUUGACUUGAUCUUGCUGGACAACCAAGCUCUUUACGUAGGUAGAUGAAAUGAAAAAGAUCAAAAGUGGAAACUCAAUUCCAUGAUUAAAUUCAAUGAGGAUUUGGUUCAUCCCACACGUACACGCCAUGGGCAUCCUGCUUUUUUAUGUUAUAUAGACUUGUAUGUAACUAUUGAGAGUGAGGAUAUUAUACAUAACGUCACUAUUCCACCAAAUAGUUUACUUUUUAUUAUGACAUCUUGAACAUUUGAUGUAUUGUAUAUACUGUGAACAUUGUAUAUUUGUAAAUUACUUUUGAUGUAUUUCUUGUAUUAUUGGAUAAUUUCAUUAGCUUGUAAUGUAAAUUGAUUACUAAAUA